CUGCUGCCACCUCCUCGCGUCCUUGGUUCACAUCGGUCCCAUGGGAGGUGGGGAUGGGCUCCCCAAAAGUGUCCUCAACGUCAAAUGUCACUUGUGGUGGGGAGGAAGAAGAGGGUAAGACAAGGAACAGUGGGAGGGUGACAGAGGAAGGUCUCCACUGCUGAUACCCAUGCAGAUGGGUGGUCUGUGUGUUGAAAACCUGAGCAUUCAAAGAGGUGGGAUGGGCUAGAGGAGGGCACGGGGGGAAGCCACCUGCCUGGAGCCACCAGCAGUGGCUCCCUGCCCAUGCAGCUCCUUAUCCCCACCCAACCCAUGGCCGAGGAGCUCUGCCAGCACCCCAGGGAGAAGGAGUGCCUGUGGGAAGAUGUGUCCCUUUCUGCGGGGCCAACAUCAGGCUUUGUGGUGGGAAUACCUCUACCUGACGCUGCUCCUUCACGCUCUGCCAGCCUGGCUGGGGUCUCCCGCAGCACCACCAUCCUGGUGGCUUAUCUCAUGACGGUGACCGAGCUGGGCUGGGAGGGCUGCCUGGCUGCCACCAAGGCCGUGCGGUCCUACGUCAGCCCCAACUUUGGCUUCCAGCAGCAGCUGCAGGAGUAUGAGGCGACCUUGCUGCAGGAGCAAGGAAAUCAAGCUUGGCUUUUGGGGUCCACCCUGAACCAAGGGUCUUCCUGCAAGUGCGCAGAAGCCGUGUACCGCACCUGGAUCCGCCGCGACUACGGCAGGAACCCGUUCAAGGACCAGGAGGAGCUGGAGUGCUUGCUGGCCCAGCAGGAGCAGAGGCAGAAGGAGCAGCAGCUGGGGAGCAGGGAUUGCUCCUGGCUCCAUUCUCCAGCUCCCACCAACCCGCUCCCCUCCCAGGCAGGUGGCACCGGUGGAAGCAGAUGGAUGAACAGAUAAGCAGCUGGCUGCU